AUUCAAAAGAGGGAAAAAAAAAUGGGCAACAACGUAAACCCUCUGUUAGGGUUUCUCACCCUCGAGAACGAAAUCAAUGCUGCCGGCGCAAUCAACGAUGAUGCAGGUCCGGAUAUUCCGAUCACCGACGAAGAAAUCUCUCUCUGGUCAAAUCCAUGGAAACACACUCUCAUCGUGAAAAUCAUUGGUAAGGAAAAUGUUAGCUUUCAAGCAUUAGAAAAUCAUCUUCAACGUUCUUGGAUCAGAAAUGGAACUAUCAAAGUAACAGAUAUGGAAGAUGGUUUCAUUUCUGUGAAUUUCACAGCUGAAGAUGAUUACAAUUAUGUCCUCUUUGAAGGACCUUGGAAGGUGGCUGAUGAUUGCUAUCUAGUGCUGCAGCGUUGGAGGCCGCUUUUUUCGCUAACCAAUGAAAAAAGGGUUGUUGUUUGGAUUAGAAUACUCAAGCUUCCUAUGGAACUUUGUAAUCCAAGUUUUCUUUGGAGGAUUGGAUCAACUUUGGGAGUAAUGUUGAAGGUUGAUGAUAGGUUACGUUGUUUACACAAAUUCGCGCGAAUAUGUGUGGAGUUAAAUUUGAGUAGACGUUUCGCGUCUCAUAUUAUGAUUAAGGGGUACCGAGUUAAUCUUGAAUAUGAAGGACUUUGUGUUGAAAGAACUAACAAAGUGCGUGAGAAAAUGCAGGGCAGAAUUGAAGAAUGUGUCGAGGAUUUUGUAGCGAAGGACGGGGGGAUUUGUUUGACGGAGGGCUUGAUUGGAGAGCGCGUGCAAGAAGUUAAGACAAAAGAGAAGUAUAUCGAAAGCCGAAUGAAGGAGCUUGAGUUAAAAGAGAAGCAACAUGAAGACCAGGUGAAGGAGCAUGAAUUAAAAAAGAGAGAAUUUGAAGGCCGAGUGACGGAGCUGGUGAGUGAUUUGUUAUCACAACAGAAGCAUUUCGAAAGCCGAAUGAAGGAGUUUGAGUUAAAAGAGAUGCAACAUGAAGACCAGGUGAAGGAGCAUGAAUCGAAGACGAGAGAAUUUGAAGGUCAAAUGAGGGAGCUAGAAUCUAAAGAGAAACACUUUGAAAGCCAAGUGAUGGAGCUGGUGAGUGAUUUGGUAUCACAACAGAAGCACUUUGAAAGCCGAAUGAAGGAGGUUGAGUCAAAAGAGAAGCAACAUGAAGACCAGGUGAAGGAGCAUGAAUCGAAAACGAGAGAAUUUGACAGUCAAGUGAAGGAGCUAGAAUCUAAAAAGAAGAACUUUGAAAGCCAAAUGACGGAGCUGGUGAAUGAUUUGGCAUCACAACAGAAGCAUUAUGAAAGCCGAAUGAAGGAGGUUGAGUCACAAGAGAAGCAACAUGAAGACCAGGUGAAGGAGCAUGAAUCAAAAAAGAGAGAAGUUGAAGAUCGAGUGAAGGAGCUAGAAUCUAUAAAGAAGCACUUUGAAAACCAGGCAAAGGAGUUAGAGUCACAAUAUUACCAAUUUGUAGGCCAAAGAGAAAAGUUUAUAUCAAAAGUGAGGGAAUAUGAAAGCCAAAGGAAGGCGUUUGUAUUGAAAAAGAAGCUUUUCAAAUUCCGAAUGGAGGAGUUUGAGUCAAAAGAGAAGCAACAUGAAGGUCAGGUGAAGGAGCAUGAAUCAAAAAAGAGAGAAUUUGAAAGUCAGGUGAAGGAGCUAGAAUCUAAAAAGAAGCGCUUUGAAAGCCAAAUGAUGGAGCUGGUGAAUGAUUUGGCAUCACAACAGAAGCAUUACGAAAGCCGAAUGAAGGAGGUUGAGUCAAAAGAGAAGCAACAUGAAGACCAGGUGAAGGAGCAUGAAUCAAAAAAGAGAGAAGUUGAAGAUCGAGUGAAGGAGCUAGAAUCUAUAAAGAAGCACUUUGAAAACCAAGCAAAGGAGUUAGAGUCACAAUAUUACCAAUUUGUAGGCCAAAGAGAAAAGUUUAUAUCAAAAGUGAGGGAAUAUGAAAGCCAAAGGAAGGCGUUUGUAUUGAAAAAGAAGCUUUUCAACUUCCGAAUGGAGGAGUUUGAGUCAAAAGAGAAGGUGAUGGAAUCUAUAAAGAAGCACUUUGAAAGCCAGAAGGAGGAGCUCGAAUCAAAAGAGAGGCAAUUGAAAGAACAAGUUAAAGAACUUGAGUCUAAAGAGAAGCAACUUGAUGACCUAGUGCAGGAGUUUGAAUCAAAAGAGAGAGAUUCUCAAGACCGAGUAAUGGAUCUGAGACCGGGAACUGAUAGAUACACUCUAACGGUUAAGGUUCUUAGCUCUGAACUGGUGAAGACUAUCUACAGCGAUAGCGAUGAAUUGGUGUCCUGCACAGCCGAAUGCCUUGUUGGAGACGAAACUGGAACCAUAAUCUUCACUGCUCGCAACGAACAGGUGGACAUCAUGAAACCUGGUGCAACAGUGAUUCUGGAAAAUGCCAAGAUUGACAUGUUCAGGGGAUCUAUGAGGCUGGUAGUUGACAAGUGGGAGGGGGGAGAUAUAGAGGUCACAGAACCUGCAAAUUUUAAAGUUAGAAAGGAUAACAAUCUUUCAUUAGAUAGAUAUUCGGUACGUUGAUGAAAAAUGGUUGUAGCUUUGAAGUGAAAUCUUUUGAGUUUUUCGACAGGUUCCAAUUCUUAGUUUGAUCAUUGAACAAUACUGCUGUGCAGAAUAUGGUGCAGUCUUUGCUUAUUUUUAGUCUUAAGAUUGCUGUGGUUGAUGCUAAGAUUUGCAUUUCAGGUCAUUUUUGAAAAUUGAUAACCCUUGUGCUUAUAUAUGAUGCAACCAUAAAUAUUGUUAAAUAUUUUCCAUAUGAAUUCAAAGUUUAUACAGUUCUCUUUGAGCAAAUUACUAUAGGUUUCCAAAUGCAUUUUUGAAGGUAGCAUGUGCUACUGUUUUCAAUAGAAUUGAUUUUCAAAAAUUGAUUUGGUAUUGAGCUUGAAGUAAAGUGUUUA